UUAUAGAAAUUUUCAGAGUCCAAUUGAAAGAAUUCCCCAAUUGAUAACGCUCUAGUUUGGCUGCACUGAUGCGACAUGCUUAUUCCUUGUUUACUAAUUUACUUUAAAGUUUAACCUCAAAUGAAUCUUUUAUAGUCAAUGAGAAAUUUAAAUUUACUUUCGGCAUGUCGUUUUUAAUUAAAACCGGUCUUCAGAGACUCGUCUCGCCGCAAUUCAACAAACUGCAGGUUUCUAAUUAUGCCAGAUGGGCCGGACGCAGACCCUUAAGGGUUUUGGAUUCAGAAGAACAUCCAGAAUUCCAACCAAGAAAUAAGCAAGAUGAAAUAAGAGAUGGAGCAAGGAUGAAUUUUAGAAAGGAGGUGACUACAGUAGAUAUGGAUGAGCUGGAGCAUCAUGAAAUGAAGAGUCAGAAAAAGAAGUACGCGAAACCUAAAAAAGAAGUACCUUCCAUGGAUAUGUUGGAAACUAUAAUAGAUGCGAGCGGUAAAGUCGUGUAUACGAAGAUGGCUAAUAACGAUCCGCGCGUCGGUACGUUAUUAACAACGUUAAAGUCGAAGAAGGAGAAGGCGAAGCAGGAUCUUAUCCUGCUGGAGGGGAAAAGGUUGAUUAGAGAAGCCCUCGAGACUGGAAGCAAAUUAAAGUACCUGAUCUUCACGCGACCGGAGGAACUGGAUUACCUGAAGAAACAUCUACCAAAUAGCGGCGCCCAAAUCUACAAAAUGCCGUACAGAGAAAUGCAGAUGUGGUCCACCCUGACCACGUCUCCUGGUAUUAUGGGAGUGUUCAAGACGCCGGAAGUGGACAAGUUCGAAGCGAAGAACACGAUACCUUUGACUGUGAUCUGCGAUAACGUUCGUGAGCCUGGUAAUUUAGGAGCGAUUCUCAGGACUUCAGCUGCCUUAGGCUGUAAACGAGUCUUCUUAACGAAAGGAUGCGUUAAUUUAUGGGAUUCUAAGGUUACACGCACGGCGGCUGGUAGUCACUUCCGGUUGCAGAUACACAGCAAACAAGAUUUCCAACAAAUCAGCGGAAAAUUGAGCGAUGCGACAGUCAAGGUCUUCAUAGCCGAUAACAAUGUGGUAACGGGUGAUGGUCACGAGGAUUUGAUGAAUUUAGUGAAAGGAAUACCUAUAGUUCCGUACUACAGUUCGAACUUUUCGCAAACCAAUGAGAACGUGCUGAUCGUGGGCGGAGAAACUGAAGGUAUCAGCCAAGGGGCGUACUCUUUGGCCGCAAAGACCAAUGGGAUUCGUUUGAACAUCCCGUUAGAGAACGGCGUGGAGAGUUUGAACACAGGCACCGCCUUCGGCAUCAUCAGUUUCGAGAUCAAGCGGCAAUUCAAUACCACCACACAAAAAGCGGACAUCGGAAAAGAGUUGGACGUUAGUUUGGGUCUGAGAUAUUUGUAAAUAAGAUAUAAAAAAUAAUAAGUAUUAUUCAAGUUUGAAUUUUUUUUUCUUUUACACUUUUUUUUCAAAUAAAUACUUGCUGAAAUUUCGCAAAUACAAGAUGCUUGGGUUGGGGGUGGAUUUGAAAUUAACAUUAAUUUUGUACAUAAAAAAUAGACUAAUAUAAGAAACAAACGACGAGGGGGAGAAAUAAUAAUCGUAUAAACAUUCUCACUUAAUUAUUUUGACAAAAAAAAAUAUGAAAAAAAAAAA